UCUUUUAUAUGCCACCGGAAGACAAAGCCCUUUUUGUCUCCAGACUUCCUGCUCCCUCUGUGUGUAAUGCAGACAUGAGGAAAUUCAUAGCAGCACUGCGGCUUGCACUAGCAGCAGCAGCUCAUCUGCUGCUGACGCUGCCACCGGCACAAUGCUACUGGCUCAACCCGGAGAUCUACGACGCCGGCGGGCUGAGCCGGCGAGCCUUCCCGGAGGGGUUCGUGUUCGGCACGGCCGCGUCGGCGUACCAGGUGGAGGGCAUGGCGAAGCAGGGUGGCCGGGGCCCUAGCAUCUGGGACGCUUUCAUAGAGAAACCAGGGACGAUCCCUAAUAAUGCCACAGCCGAUGUGACGGUUGAUGAGUAUCAUAGGUACAAGGAAGAUGUGAACAUAAUGAAGAACAUGGGCUUUGAUGCGUAUAGAUUUUCGAUCUCUUGGUCAAGAAUUUUCCCAAAUGGGACUGGGAUGGUGAACCAGGAAGGAGUUGAUUAUUACAACAGGUUAAUAGAUUACAUGGUUAAGAAAGGCAUCAAACCGUACGCAAACCUCUACCACUAUGACCUACCAUUAGCACUCCAUGAGCAGUACUUAGGCUGGCUAAGCCCAAACAUCGUAGAGGCGUUUGCAGACUACGCAGAUUUCUGCUUCCAGACGUUCGGAGACAGGGUGAAGGACUGGUUUACCUUCAAUGAGCCGAGAUGCGUUGCUGCUCUAGGAUAUGACAAUGGCUUCCAUGCCCCGGGAAGGUGCUCUGGCUGUGAUGCAGGAGGCAACUCCACGACAGAACCAUACCUUGCUGCCCACCAUCUCAUCCUUUCUCAUGCUGCCGCCGUCAAGCGAUACCGCGAAAAGUAUCAGCUUUAUCAAAAGGGGAGGAUUGGAAUUCUCUUGGAUUUUGUCUGGUAUGAACCAUUCAGUGACAGCAAUGCUGAUAGGGCUGCAGCACAGAGGGCAAGAGAUUUUCACCUCGGAUGGUUCCUUGACCCCAUUAUCCAUGGUCGGUACCCAUACUCGAUGCUCGAAAUCGUCAAGGACAGGAUGCCAACCUUCAGUGAUGAGGAGUCCAGGAUGGUGAAAGACUCAAUAGAUUAUGUUGGCAUCAACCACUACACCUCUUUCUACAUGAAAGACCCUGGGCCAUGGAACCUGACACCGACCAGUUAUCAGGAUGACUGGCAUGUUGGGUUUGCCUAUGAACGAAACGGCGUGCCCAUUGGAGCUCAAGCAAACUCCUACUGGCUUUACAUUGUGCCAUGGGGAAUCAACAAGGCUGUGACCUAUGUAAAGGAAACAUAUGGAAACCCUACAAUGAUCCUUUCUGAAAAUGGUAUGGACCAACCUGGCAACGUCAGUAUCACUCAGGGUGUGCAUGAUACAGUAAGAAUCAGAUACUACAGAAACUACAUCACUGAGCUCAAGAAGGCGAUAGACGAUGGUGCCAAAGUGAUUGGAUACUUUGCUUGGUCAUUGCUUGACAACUUCGAGUGGAGGCUCGGGUACACUUCCCGUUUUGGCAUCGUCUACGUGGACUACAAGACGCUAAAGAGGUACCCCAAGGACUCAGCUUUCUGGUUCAAGAACAUGCUCUCCAGUAAGAAGAGGAACUAAAGUAUGCAGACAAAAGGAUCAAGCUGUGAAAGCCUCAAAGGCUUCCACUGUCAGAUUUCAGAACAAAGCUAACUCUAGCGUAUGCUCAUCGUAGCGCGUUAGUUUAGCUUUAGUUAUAUGUGAAAAACAACCAAUGUGGAGAUUGGUAGCUUCACUAGCUUCUGCAACAGAAGGAGAAAUAAAUGGAUUGAACUUCAAUACAGAUUUGUUCAUCAGAACCGUAGGCUAUUUGUACAAUAAAGAGCUGACAGAAGGGACUAUUCAAAAUAUCUAAUAAUUCCUAUUCAACAGCACAGAUUUCAUUCCCA